ACUGCCUUCAUAUUUCACAUCGACGCGACCUUCAAGCUAGCUCAGGCUAGCUACCCGAUGAUUGUAUGCGGAAUGUCCGACGGGUCAAGGAAGUUCCAUUUGCUCGCGCUUUUUAGUUGGAAGAACAGCAUUACACGGACGUGCUUGCCGCACUGACCACUGUGUAAGCCCGAGUCGUAGGGAAGCGACUAAAUGUGCGGUUUGUAAUGGGCGAUGCCGAUAGAGCGCAGUUCAACGGUGUCAAGAACGUGUUUGGUGGAGGGGCGGAGUACACCUACGGUCCGUCUUGCUUAAGGAACGGACUCAUCAACUCCAUGGGCAGCUUCGGCAACUGGCAGAUAUUCAGCACACCGGUUGGGUUCACGUCUACAAACAACCCGUGCGAGACAUUUAAUAGAGACUUCAAACGUGACUACUCACAGAAGCGGAAGCUGAAACUCGCUCCUGCCGGCAGCUCCAAGCUCGCUAUGUCUUCACAGGGGCGGCAGCACGCCUACGCCGCCAGCGCCGGCAGCUCCAAGCUCCCAGGAUUCCCAGGAACGCGGGAGAGUACCGCCCUCGGAUCAGGCGCAAGUUGGAAGCAGAGGCUUUGUCUCGUACAAGCUACUACAACGCCAAUGGAGUGCUUCGAAGGUUUCAAACUGUCAAAUAUGCUGGCAAACUACAAGCAAGAGGGCUUUUGGUUCCCAGAGAUAUACGCGCUGGAGGAGCUGGGUAGGGUGGAGAGUUUACAGAUGGACACAGACAACGUCAAAAGAAUCCGUUAA